GGGUAAGAAGAGCACGCCGAACUUCUUCAGUGCUUGUUAACAUCUCCUAAAGAAGAGGCUUCUACUGAGCUAUUAUCGAAUUUAAAAGAUAGCAAAUAUUAUAAGAAACAAAGCACCAUGGCUCCACGCUCGCAAUUGGAGAUCGCUACGUCAUCUGUCUUGCGUCUGGUGAAAGAAGAAGCAUCCUACCACCGCGAAUCGCAGGAACAGGCAGAGCGCAUUAAGAAACUAGAGAGUCAACAGGGCGGCGAUGACGAGAACAAAGAGUAUAUGUUGAGGCAGGAGCGUCUUGCACUUGAAGAAACAAAGAAGGUCCUCCCAAGCCUAAAACAGAAGCUUGAAGAGUCGAUAGUGAAGCUUCAGGGUCUCCUGACCGAGGAGGGCAACAAAGGGCCCGAGAGCAACGUCGAGCAAAUCAAUGCUGCCAAGGAUGCUAUUUCAAAGGCCAGAACGGCUGAGCGAGAGAUCGCUUGAGGACCACCAGCUGAGGAGGUCAAUUGGACAUCAGUGCAAAAUAUGCUACCAUGCUAAAGAUACAACCACCUAAUAUCACAAAUGAAAAGAAGAUUAUAA